CGUUUCCUCCCGCCAAUCCCCGCGGGCCACAGCUAGCUUUUUCCUCCUGGCCUCUUUUCCCUCGCCAAUCGUGCUGUCCCCUGCGGCGACCCCCACGGCCUGCCAAUCAGAAGCGCGAUACCGUCCCGCCUCGGAGUUCGUUCGCUGAGGCGCGUAUUGGUCGGAGCGUGGAGGAACCGGGCGUCGCCGCCCAAGUCGGGCAGCUAGCUGGGGUUUGGAAGGAGGUGGUGGGAAGCGCGGGUGCGGUCGCCUCUCUCAUCCCCAGCGUCGCCACGUUAUUUUCCACCUCCUGUGGCAAGAUUGUGGUAGACAGCCUCUGCUCCUGUCAUCAUGAAGAUUCCCCUCCAGCCUAAGUCAAACUAAACUCUUUGCUCCCAUCAGCUGCUUUUGGUCGGAUGUUUUGUCCCAGCAAAGUGAAGGAAAUUGGCAGCCAUCAGCAAUUCCAGUGCAGUUUCAGGUGCAAUUGGGAAUUUGAGAAUCGUGGUGGAGCUGUUAGUGUAAUGAACCCUUUUGUUCAUAGUUGAGAACAGCAAAGUAAAGCAAGAUGUCUGUGGAUCCUAUGGCCUAUGAGGCUCAGUUCUUUGGCUUCACACCACAAACUUGCCUGCUUCGGAUCUACAUUGCCUUUCAAGACUACCUGUUUGAAGUGAUGCAGGCUGUUGAACAGGUUAUUCUGAAGAAAAUGGAGGGCAUCCCAGACUGUGAAAUAAGCCCCAUCCAGAUUCGUAAAUGUACAGAGAAGUUUCUUUGCUUCAUGAAAGGACGUUUUGAUAACCUUUUUGGCAAAAUGGAACAGCUGUUUUUGCAAUUGAUUUUGCGUAUUCCUGCAAACAUCCUGCUUCCUGAAGAUAAGUGUCAAGAGACACAUCCUUGUACUGAAGAAGAAUUCCAUCUUCUCCGGAAAGAAAUUGAGGAGUUACAGGAGCGAUAUAAGACUGAAUUAUGUACUAAGCAGGCCCUUCUUGCAGAGUUAGAAGAGCAAAGAAUUGUUCAGGCUAAACUUAAAGAGACCUUGACUUUGUUUGAUGAACUUGAAAAUAUAGGUAGAGCCCAUGGGACUAGUGAUUUUAGGGAGAGUUUGGUGUCCUUGGUUCAAAAUUCCAGAAAACUCCAGAACAUUAGAGACACUGUGGAACAGGAAAGCAAAAGAUUGAAUAAUAUUUCUCAAUAGCAAAAAAUAAGAGCAUAUUAAAAACAAUAGUUUUUGUCACUCUUACACUUCACAUCUCCUUUUUUUUGUCCUCUUUUCCUGAAGUAUCUAAGUACUGCUUGACCCUCUAGUACGUGGGAGGGUUCUUGAUUCAGCAGUGGCUUAUGUAUGAUUAAAGAAGUGAAGUUGAAGCCAAA